GCAAACGCCCCGGAAACGUGACACUAUGAACAAUAUCGCGUGACUUAAUGGAGUCAAACUCUUUAAAAGAUAAUGCACAUUUGGUGAUACGUUUUAGUAUGACUUUAAACGAUGGGAAAUUCAGAGAGGAUUCUUCUGCUCUUCCUCCGUGUUUUCCUCUUCGGGGCUUCGGUGGUGAAUUGCGUGGAUUGGUGUGCUGUUGAGAAGGAGUUCUGUCGCGGACAGCAGCACAUUGCUUGCAAGCACACAAAGUUUCCUCAAGGAUCAUGCGCGAAUGUGAAGAUCGUGAAGAUGGACGAGGAUCUGGUGCGUGGCAUUCUGCACAGGCACAAUUACUAUCGCAAUGACAUCGCCCAGGGACUCGUGGGAAAGUACCCGCAGGCUGAGAAGAUGCAGCAGAUGGCCUGGGACGACGAGCUGGCCUUCCUCGCCACUGAGCACGUGAAGCAUUGCAAUUUCGAUCACGACGGCUGCCGCGCGACGCCGGAUUAUCCGCACGCCGGCCAAAAUCUCGGCUUCCACGCCACCACAGGACACCUGGAGCCUCUGGUCAACAUAUCCAGCUUCAUGAUUGACGAGUGGUUCGCGGAGAACACGCUGCUGGAUGAGUCCGUGGUGAGCAAGUUCGAGAGAAGCGAUCUCAAAGGCGGCCACUUUACCGUGAUGGUGAACGAGAAGAACAACCGCGUGGGAUGCGCCAUGAUCACGUACAAUUACCACGAGGAUUCAUACCAGUGGAAUGCUGUCCUGCUCACGUGCAAUUAUGCGAAGACAAACAUCCUCAACAGGCCCAUUUACACCCCAGGAUCACCCCUUUCCGGCUGCCACAGCAUCGGUAAGGCGCCCAGCAAGGAAUACGAAGCUCUGUGCGCUCCUUAA